GUGUGUGUGUGUGUGUGUGUGUGUUGGGGGGGGGGUAAUCUCAGCGGCGCCACCUUAAAAAAACAGUCUCGCGGACCUGUCAAUCUGACGAACCAGACAGACCCUGGCUCGCGGCCCUGCUGUGAGAACUGCUACGUAAUUGGCCGAAAGCAGUAGUCCCUGUGAGACCUGGCCGCCCAUUGGCUGCAGCAUGUCGAGACACUGACGCGCACGACGUCUCCCCUCUAUUGUUAUUGUGGCGUGCGCGAGGGGAACAGACAGGAUGCACGAGGAGACAGUAGGGCUGAUAAAAGGAUAAAACAACGGAGAAACAUCAAGCUAGCGCAGUACAACGUAUGAGAAAUCAACAGCAGCUCGUUACAUUACAGGAAUGUAUUAAACAUUCGCCCUGUAAACGCAGAGCAACACAUAGGUAAUACAAAGGAGUAUUACCACAGAUAGCAGCUCUAGUCAACACAUACAAUAGGAACAGCUAUCCGAGUACAACAGCGAUCUUUCUGUCCAACUUCUUCUCCUCACUCUGGCUGAUGUGGACUGAUUCAGAGCUGGGACAUCAUGAUGCCAGUGAACUUUCUGGUCAUUCAUUGGCUGACCAACUUAAUACCAGCAGCAUCAUGUCAGUGAACCCUCCGAGCAGCAAUGACGCCUGCCUCAGCAUCGUCCACAGCUUAAUGUGCCACCGGCAGGGCGGAGAGAACGAGGGCUUCGCCAAGCGGGCCAUCGAGAGCCUGGUGAAAAAGCUGAAGGAGAAGAAGGAUGAGCUGGACUCGCUCAUCACUGCCAUCACCACCAAUGGUGUCCAUCCCAGCAAGUGUGUCACCAUCCAGAGGACGCUGGACGGACGGCUGCAGGUGGCAGGAAGGAAAGGUUUUCCUCACGUCAUUUAUGCACGACUGUGGCGCUGGCCUGACCUCCACAAAAAUGAACUCAAGCAUGUCAAGUUCUGCCAAUACGCCUUUGACCUGAAGUAUGACAAUGUAUGUGUCAACCCCUACCAUUAUGAGAGGGUGGUGUCACCCGGCAUCGUUGGUCUCAGCCUUCAAAAUACAGCAGCACCAGGUGGCCUGAUCAAAGAGGAAUACAUUCAUGACUGUAUACAGAUGGAACUCCCACCUGGCAUGCCUCUGUCUGACCACCAAGCGGCCCUGAAGCUUCCUCCUCCAGACCACUAUGGCCAGCCCUUGCCUCCCCCACAGCUGUCCUCUGAGCCCCAUGGACCCCCACCUGUCACCAGAUACACUAACCUGCCUGUCUCACCCAAAGUGUCUGGCUCCAGCUCUAUGCUACCCCUACAGGGCGGUCACGGUGACGGCCGUCUCCAAACUGCAUCUCCACAAGCUCAAAUUAUGACCCCGGCACCACGGCCUCCGACCCCAACCCAACCCCCUCCUCAGCAACAGGCUGCCCAGCAACCCUCACAACCCCCCCACCCACAACAACCCUCCAUACCUCCUUCUCACUCGCAUGGACAGAACGGAUACAGCAGCAAUAAACACUCUCAGAGUCAGGCUGCCUUCCACACAGUUUGGACCGGCAGCAGCACAGCCUCCUACACUCCCAUUGGACCGCAGCAGAAUGGCCGUGGUCACCAACAACCUCCCCUCCAUCAUCCAAACCACCACUGGUCUCAGCAUCAUGGCUCAACUUCUUUUCCUCCUUCUGUGUCCAACCAUCCAGGACCAGAGUUUUGGUGCUCUAUCUCCUACUUUGAAAUGGACGUUCAGGUGGGUGAGAUGUUCAAGGUGCCCUCCAGCUGCCCUAUAGUAACCGUGGAUGGCUAUGUUGACCCGUCAGGUGGCGAUCGCUUUUGCCUGGGCCAGCUGAGUAACGUCCACCGCACAGAUGCAAGUGAGAGAGCCAGGUUGCACAUAGGUAAGGGUGUGCAGCUGGAGUGUCGUGGUGAGGGCGAUGUGUGGAUGCGCUGUAUGAGCGACCAUGCUGUGUUUGUACAGAGCUACUACCUCGACAGGGAGGCAGGCCGAGCACCAGGUGAUGCUGUGCACAAGAUCUAUCCUGGAGCCUACAUCAAGGUGUUUGACCUGCGGCAGUGCCACAGACAGAUGCAGCAGCAGGCAGCGACCGCUCAGGCUGCUGCUGCUGCACAGGCAGCUGCUGUGGCAGGAAAUAUUCCAGGUCCAGGCAGCGUCGGAGGCAUUGCACCUGCAGUUAGUCUGUCUGCAGCGGCUGGGAUUGGUGUGGAUGACCUGAGGCGUCUGUGCAUCCUGCGGCUCAGCUUCGUGAAGGGCUGGGGGCCCGACUACCCCCGGCAGAGCAUCAAACACACGCCCUGCUGGGUGGAGGUCCACUUGCACCGCGCUCUGCAGCUUCUGGAUGAGGUGUUGCACACUAUGCCAUUGGCAGAUCCAGGGCCUGCUAACUAAGGACCAAGACCAUGUUCAAAUUCCAAUCUGGAUUCUAUGAAUGUGUGCAGACAGACAGACAUGUUGCCAAAUAUGCUAUGUAAUUAAUACACAAAGCAAAUCAAUGAAAAAUACACAGGAAACAACACAUCAUGCUUGUAACAAUCAAUGCACACAUCACUCAUGCUGUCUCACAGACAAACACACACAUGCACACACAUGCACACACAUGCACACACAUGCACACACACACACACACACACACACACACACACACACACACACACACUGCAACCAAAAUGUCUGUAGCCAAACAGACAUCAAAGUGCUGAUGUUUUUCCUAAUGCUUUAAUCUAAAGUCCAAGACAAGGGAGUUGGAGCUCUGAAGGUAAAUAUUCUGAUCAACUUGUCUCUGACCGAAAGACAUUUGUGUGCACUGCAGAAAUCCAGGGAUGUGUUUCAGAAAUCCAGUUCCCCUAUAUGCAAUUUGGAUUUCUAAUUGUAGGAGCACAUUCAUUCACACACACAGACAUGUAAAAAGUUAUACAGGAGUGAAAAACACUCCAGAAAAAGAACUGCAACUGGAAAAUGCUGUUAGUAAAUACAAACAGCAUUACAGUUCUCUUUAUGUCUUAUCAAAAACAGAACUGAUGUAGAAGUGAGAAUUAAGGAAAGCAGUGUUAUGUCAUCUCUGUGCUUGUACUGUGCUGUGCUCUUCACUGUACGUUGAUUGAAACUCAAACUGUUACCAUUGAUAUCUGGUUAGGCCUCCUAUUACGCUCAGCUCAAGUUAUUUUAUUUUUGUACCAAAAGACUAAAAAGCCAAAAAUAUUGAGCUUUAAAGUAGUGUUGUUGUUAUUUGUAAUGAAACAGUGCUACCCUGUAUGUAACCAAAUGGUUGGUGUUAAUCACCAAAGCCAAAAUACCUCAUAACUACAGUGCAAAGUCACAAUUUAGUUUUCUGUCUAAAGCGCACACACUUUGUUCAUCACUGACAGGCUGAAGUCAAUCAAUGAAGCCCUCUGAAAUCAUCCUGACUACAACUCUCCCUAAGCUUUGUAUUUAUUUAGCUUUAUAAUGCACUGUGCUGUGAUGUGCAGUAGCAGUACUAGAUCAUUUAACUGAUAUGUGUUACUGUGGAACAUUAGUUUGACUCUACAGUUUUACAGCAGAAAGAAGCUUAUUGUAACAUGUUAUGCUUAAUGGAAAACAACCAUCAGCAGCUCCAGAGACAGAAACCUGAGUGCCGUUCUCUAGUCUGAAUGCUGAGGAUGGCCCAAUCUCGAUGUUUACACUCAGACUCACAGGCUCUGAGGUGUGUUCCUGCUAAAUCUGUGAGGGCUUGGGGCUGUCCCACUGUCAAAUCCUCAAGUGCACGACGGCUUUCUUGCAGACAUGUUGAACGCUUCAUGCACCCUUUCUGUAAGUCUGCAUCUCUGCAGACUUCGCCUAAAGGGGAAUUCAUUAACCACAAUUGAUAGUGUUGUGUUAUUAAAAAAAAGUUACCGGGGAAGCCCAAAAGUAUUAAAAAACAUAAACAAGGAGGAUUGGCACACGGGGGUUUAACAUAUUAAAUUUACAUAGAAACACUACAUCAACAUUAAGGAUUUUAGAUACUACAUAAAAAAGAUGAAAUCAGGAAAGCAAGCACACCCAGUUCAUUCAUUAACCGUUUCUUUUCAUUUUGCUUAAUGCUGCGGUCACUGUGUAAAGAGCAUGAAAGACGUCCAAGAAAGUACAACAAGUCAAAUAAUAAAAAGUCCCAAACCAA